ACGACCAGCCGUUGGCCAUGGUAGCCACAGCUCUACAACAUGUCCGAUGGUGCACAUAGACUGACAGUGAAAGCUGAAAUCCACUCUUCCGACAAGGACGAUUCAGCAGAUACAACCACGACCACAGAGAUGUGCAGUGCGUGUGGUAGGCCGGUGAAAAACCACAUAGAAGCAGGGAACGGGUUUGGUGCGGAAUGUAUAUGGAAGCCACGGGAGCCAACAAAGGCAGCUGCUAAUUCCCAGGAGCUACCAGCGGAUCCGAAAGAUGCCACCUCUCCUCCAAAAGCUGCUCCGGAGAAAAGUUCCCCUUCAAAGACUGUCUCAGAAGAUGAGAUCGCCAAGUUACAGGCAGAACGGGACAAACUCUUACGUCAGUAUGAGGCAGCACGACUGCAGCAAGAGAUCGCUGGACUACGCGCUGCUCUGGGAACAUCAGUACCGGACCUUGCCACGCCAUCACAGGCACUUGGCGCAACUGUUGGCGAUCCUCCUACUGCACCUGUACCAAAAAAUGUCGCACCACCUCCCCCAACAAAACUACAAAACAUUAAACACCAGCCCCAAAUCAAGACAGCUCUGAAAAGACUUUCAUCAUCAGUAGAUUUUUUAAAUGACAUCCUGAGCCACUCCACGGAUGGGGAUGACUAUUUUGGUGAUCAGGAGACCCUUGACACUGAACAAUGGUCUCCAUCAUCAAGCUUUGUCAAGAAGGAUGAAGAUCCAAACUUAGUUGCAUCGCGGACUGGGUAUUUGAGACAACGGAUGGCCCUUCAGAGUGACCGGCUUCGGGAUUUGAGUAGGAAACAUAGCGAGAAUAGGGUGGGAAUCGACCAUGUCAGAGACUGGCUGGAAAAUAGUCACGCCGCUCACAAUGGCGAGGGAGCCAGAACCGGCAGCACAGACUCAGAGUUUCCAUCUACCUCAUCUAAGGAAGACAGAAGGUUUCAGAAGCACAACAAUACCUCUAAACAAGUCAACAAGAUUAGUGAAGGAAUGACGACAGCGGACGCAGUGGUCAAGACAAUGGCUGGCAGCAGCAUGAGAAACGAACAGCCUGCUAGAAAAACGCCUACUACCGAUACUUCCCAAAGUCUUGCCACUUCUGAAGAAGCUCCAAGAAGACGGUCCCGUCACCAGUCACGAAAGCAGGAGACUGCCAGACCACGAGACAGGGAGUCCAAGAACCCUCGCGGUGCUGAAGUUAAAACCACCGCGGACAUCGUUUCGCACUUCUUUGAGGACGAGAGAAUACCGAAAGAAGACACAAGACCGAAACGAGCAUCUGGGGGUGAGGUGGGCCAUCCAUCGAGUAAACACCAAGAAAAGCAAGAUGCCAGGAGUAAAAAAGCACCACAUGAAAAUCUGAAUCCAAGAGAACCUCGCAAAUCCUCCAGAAGUACUUCAAGGAGACCACACAGCCCAUCUAGAAGUCCAAGGAGACACCACAGUCCAUCUAGAAGUCCAAGGAGACACCACAGUCCAUCUAGAAGUCCAAGGAGACAUCACAGUCCAUCUAGAAAUACACGGACACCCAGAAGCCCCUCUAGACAUCCAAAGACCCGCAGACAACCCGCAGACAACCGCUCUAGAAGAGAUACGCCCGAUCCUCGUAGAAGAGCGACAAAGAAUGAACCAGGUCGCUCGCAUUCUAUGGACGUGGAGAAGAACAGACCCACAAGGAGGGGUCAACGUCCGAGUGCAAAAGACCCAAGUAAUCUGAGAAGCAGAAGAAGCACAGAGACGUCGUCUGAUGGCAAGACAGGGAUCGUCAGGGGAGAGGAAAAACACCCUGUUCAAAGGAAACGGAAUCCAUCAGGAAGACCAACAAUGGACCAAACAUCAGAUGCCCAAAAAGGAUUCUUCGACGGCUUCAAGGGUUCCUUUCUGAACUUGGUGGGUGGUGAUGAACAGAAAGAAAGGAACCCUGCAGCACCGAACGUAUCUGCUUGGGGCGAGGACACUGGUAGAUCACACAGAAAUCCACCGGAUGACUCGAGCUCUCAUGGCUUCCUAGGCGGUCUAAAACCAUCUGUAAGUUUGUCUUGGGAUAAAGAUGGGAGAAUCCAGGAGGAGAGAAAUCAGGCCGGUCCUUUCAUGGGCAGUUAUGCAGGGGGCGAGGAUGGUGGAAACCGAGAAAACGUUGGUUUCCUCCAAAGUCUGGGUCAGACCUUUGGUGUGUCACAAGAUGAAAACAAGCAGAAAGAAUCUCCAGCCUGGACGGACGACAUUAAAGGCUUCAUUUUUGGCUCUCGAGAAGUUGAAGACAUAGAACAGGACGACAGAGCACGCCUUGCGAGCCUCAAUGUUGGGAACGUCUUUGGCAUAAAAGAAGAUGACGACAGGAGACAAUCAACAGACAUCACCCCUGCCAUGAUGAGUCAGAUGAGUGAAAAAAGAGGACAAAAGGCAGAAGAGGAGCCCUCAUCGUUCUGGAACUUCCUGGGAUUUGGUGGAUCAGACGACGUGGAGCCGCCCAGGACAUCCCGCGGGGCCGAGGGCAGAAAAGGUGCAACACCAGCGACGAGAAGGGGUGACAACCCAGUCAAGGAUUUCUUCAUUGACUUAUUCUAA